AUGCCUAGGCGACACGAUGACAACUAUGGUGUUGAUUUUUGUGGCCUUGCUGAUCUCAGGUACAAGGGUGAAUUUCUUUUUUCUAGAGGGGGUAAUUACAAGAGUGAAUUUCUCACUUGGUCCAAUUGGGCUUCUUCGGAUGUUUCUAGGUAUAGUCAAAGGUUGACCAGAGCUUUGGUUAAUGACCAAUGGUUGUUAGAAUUCCCAUCUUCAGAAGCCAAGUUCACUCUCCUAGGAAUUUCUGACCACUCGGCUUGCAUUGAUAGAAUGCAACCUUCGGUGGCACGUGGCCCUAAACCUUUUCGGUUUUUCAAUUAUUGGGCUGAUGAACCACCUUUCUGUUGGUGGUUACGGAGGCUUGGUAGUCCCCAGUCCCUCCCAACUCUUCCUGUGGUUAUCACUAAGCUUAAGGCAGUUAAGCAUAGGCUGAAGGCAUGGAGCCGUGCUUAUUUUGGUCGCACCUCUGACAAACUCAAGGAGAAGAGGGAUGAAAUAUCUCUGGUGCAAGCUGAUCUCAGUAACCAUCUGGAUAACCAAGACAUGCAAAUAAGAGAGCGGGGGCUUCUACAUCAGUACCGUCUUCUCAGCACUAGGAAGGAAACUUCAGCAAAAGCUCGUAUUCGGUGGUUAAAAGAGGGCAUUGGUAAUACUAGACUUUUCACCAUUUGGUCAACUCUUGGAGAAGCAGAAAUUACAUAUCUUUUAUUAUCAACCAGCAAGCUGAGAUCCUUGACAACGAGUCCAGCAUCAAAGAAGAGGCUAUUUCUUACUUCUCUGGCAUAUUUGGCCCAUCCCCCCAACACAUCUGCCUCCCAUAAUUUCCCUAUUCAUAGAGAAGUUUCUCCAGAUUAG